AAUCCUCACCAGUUCUCUCUGGUUAUAUCCAUUUCUCUCUAGAAAUCUCCGCCUACAAUCCAUUUGAUCUUUCGUGUUCCCUUCCGAGAUCUGGCUAACACUCAGGAUAAAGCUGUGGAGGAAACCAACAAGAACCAAGCGGUGGUUCUUGCCCUCUAUGAGGCCUUAAACACUCGAGACGUAAACACCGUUCACAAAAUCCUCGCCGCCGAACUCGAAUGGUGGUUCCACGGUCCCACUACUCACCAGUUUUUGAUGCCCCUUCUCACCGGAGCUUCAUCAGACGACUCUUUCCGAUUCGAGUUUGAUCCCCUUUCACUCACCACCUUCGGAUCCACCGUCAUCGUCGAAGGCUGCGAUCACAGCCGUUCAAUCUCCUGGGUUCACGCCUGGACCGUAACGGAUGGGAUAAUCACCCAAGUGAGGGAGUAUCUGAACACUUCUCUCACCGUUACCAGACUCGGAAACUCUAGUCAAUCUCCGCCGUCCGACUACAACAAUCCACCGUCGACGGCUGAGAUUACCUCGGUGCAUUGCACUUCCGUCUGGGAGAGCAGCUUUUCCAACAGGGUUGGAAAGUCCGUGCCGGGUCUUGUCCUGGCAAUUUAGUCAUUUCACUAUCUUCCUCUCUGAUCAGGUGCAGCCGUGAGUAGGAUAAUAUAAUAUAAAUAAGAACGAUUACGACAGAGAGAUCAGAGAUGUGAGUUCCUUGGUAGGGUUGGGACCCUUUUAUUUCCACUUCAGUUUGCUGUAGGGUCUGUUUCAUUUGGUGUGUUUGCGUUUUCUAUCCAAUGUAUUUACCAGUGUG